AUGUCAGAUCAACGCAUGGAUAUAAGUGCAUUUCUCCUGGUUCUCUUUUCGUCUUCUCUCUUCGUGUGCCACAGUGGAGUUGAAGGGGGAAUUGAGUUAUCUGCAACGGAAGAUCUUGAGUUCGAGAAUCAACUUGAACUUUUAAACAAGCCAUCGAUCAAGAUUAUACAGACCGAGUAUGGAGAUAUAUACGAUUGUGUGGAUUUCUACAAUCAACCUGCCUUUGACCAUCCUUUGUUGAAGAAUCACAACAUUAGAGAAUCUGUACAUAUCGGACUAAAGGAUGGAGGUUGCCCAUUUGGCACAGUUCCUAUUAGAAGAAUCACUAAAGAAGAUUUGAUCAAAGAGAGAAAUGUUUCAAAAAUCAGACCUUUGGACGAAUAUGCUUUUGUUGCUCAUUGGAAAGGUGGAGUACUAGAAAUAUUGUUGAAGCAUGUUGCACGUUCGUAUUGUCAGUAUGCCGUGGUUCGGACAAAACGUGGUGCAGGCAAGUUCAAUGGAGUGCGACGCUUAGCUUACACAAUCCGCAAGUAUCUCGAGGUUGAUCCUGAUCUCUAUGGUGAUACCCGCACUAGAGCAUUUAUACGUGUGGAUGGAGGAAUGGUGUAUAGUCCACCGGGCACCUGUACGCCUGCAAUGGGCAGUGAGGUGGACAAAGGGGAAAGGAGAGAAUGUUUGCAAUCAAAGACGGGGAGGAAAUUUGAAUGCGUGACUUACCUGUCUUGGACUUGUGUUGGGAUGCACUUGGGUUCUGUCUGGUACAUUGUUGUCGUUGCUGUUUGA